AACGCGUGAAACUAUUUCCCCGUAAUUCUCACGUAGUGAACCUUCAUAACAAUUACCGGUCACAACGUUGCUAGUGUGUGUACGUAUAUAUAGUUGUGAGUUAAUGUAAGUGUGUCCGCACGCGCUCCCCCCUUCUCCCCAUCACACACAGUCGCUGCACAUCACUACAACCGCCCCUCACGCGCUCUCACUAACAUCUGCGUGUGACACUCAGCUGGUUAGCUAGCAGGCUAACUAACGUUGCUCCUUACUAACCUGCGGCGGUGUGGUGUUGUCUUAAAACUAUUUCCUCGUGUUGUUAUGAGGAGACGUGGUUCUUUCUGAAUAACGGAUUAAGUGCAUCUCUCCUCGGCUGACCGGGAGCCGCCAUGGAAUGCCGUGUUCUGUCCAUACAGAGCCAUGUAGUCCGGGGAUAUGUGGGCAACAAGAGCGCCUCUUUCCCGUUACAGGUUUUAGGCUUUGAGGUGGACUCAAUCAACUCGGUGCAGUUUUCCAACCACACAGGUUAUUCUCAUUGGAAAGGCCAGGUGUUGACAGCAGACGAGCUUCAUGUCCUUUAUGAAGGAAUCAAACUGAACAAUGUACAUCACUAUGACUACGUUUUAACAGGGUAUACCAGAGACACAUCUUUCUUGGAGAUGGUGGUGGACAUUGUUCAGGAGCUAAAGAGAGCCAAUCCUAACUUGGUUUAUGUAUGUGACCCCGUUCUUGGUGAUCAUGGAUCUAUGUAUGUUCCUCAGAAUCUUUAUCCGGUCUACAAAAACAAGGUGGUUCCCGUUGCCGACAUUAUUACUCCUAACCAGUUUGAGGCUGAAUUAUUGACAGGGAAAAACAUCAGCUCAGAGAAAGAUGCUGUUGAGGUCAUGGACCUUCUCCAUGCUAUGGGCCCAGACACAGUGGUCAUCACCUCCUCUGAUCUGCCCCCCAGACUGGGAGAUCGCUUCCUUGUGUCUCUGGGCAGCCAGCGACACGUUCGUCCAGACGGCAGCAGGACGACACAGAGAGUCCGAAUAGAAGUUCCCAAAGUGGACGCUGUCUUUGUAGGAACCGGAGAUCUGUUUGCUGCUAUGCUGCUAGCAUGGACACAUCACUACCCUAAUGACCUAAAGAUGGCCUGUGAGAAGACGUUUUCGGUGAUGCAUCAUGUUAUCCAGAGGACCAUAUCUUAUGCUCAUGAGUUGGCAGGUCCUGGUCGAAGGCCCAGUCCGCCCCAGCUGGAGCUGAGGAUGGUUCAAAGUAAAGCGGACAUAGAAGACCCCGCUAUAGUAACGGAGGCCACAGUCAUAUCCUAACAUUACCGACCCAUAAGACUCAUUCUAACUUCGUUCUCUUCACCCAUAAAUCUCUCGAAUCCUGUUUCUCAGUAAAUCUCUCAUCACCGUGAACGUUGACUGUCAUCAUCCAACUUCAACACUCCAUCAUCCAGACUCCUUAAACACCUUAGUAUCGUAGCCUCUCUAUCCUGGUAUCCUAAACCUUUUACCCCUUGAAGUCCUUGGUGUCCUGACCCCUUAAACCCGAGCCUUUUUUACCGUAACCCUGUUUUGGAAUCAGAGCCAUAGAUAGACUGAGAGUUUGGUCUUUUUUUUUUUUUUUUUUACCCAGCUGUGAGAGCUGUUUGUUUUUUAAUUCAGUCCACAAGUACAAAACAUAAAAUGCCACACAUGAAGACAAAGCUUCUCUGGUUUCACCUCUGAGCGAAUGUUGUUAGAGAUGUCAUGUUGCAACUGUAACACAUCCAACCUGGAGGUCACAACACAAAGUCGAAGCUCUAAUGUAGCAUCUGAGAACAAAGCACUGCAACAAAUAUUUACCCAGACUUCUUUUCUGAUUGGUUUCUGUCCCUCCUCUUCUUCUGGCAGGAUUUCAACACCAACAUUAGUGCUUCUGUUCAACCACAAUGAUCAACCUCUGUUUAUCUAUGGCUCUGCCCACCACUGUCUGACCCCCUCCCAGUCUAACAGCAGUGAUGUAAUGGUGACCAAGUCUAACCCCUGAGACCCCUCAAAACAUAAAGAAGAAAAAAAAACAAAAAAAAAAACGCACAAUGUAUAGUUGAUGUAUAGAUGUUGUACUAUAACUGUAUUGGACCAUCUGUAUGAUAUCUUCUAGCUGAUCUGUCUCUUGAACCAUUGUGUUGAUGCUACUGUACUAUAGAUCACAUGCACUACAAUUUCACUCAAAGCAGAGACAUCUGGGCUGGUUGUGGCACUCCUGGGCGCAUCAGCAGCUUCAAUUGUUGUCACUUGUUAGUAACUGUCUAAUAGUUGUAGUGUAUAGUUGAACUUAUUUCAUCUUAACACAACAUAAAGAAAAAAUGAGCAACCUGAGCUGUCUGAGCUGUGCCCUGCCAGUCGGCGACCUCAGUGCCAAAACCAGCCCUCAUUUAGUCGGGCGGUUACUGGCCCAGCUCUGGCCUCAGGACCUUAUAUCUGAGAGGUGGGCCACUGAAUGUGCUGAAGGCUUCAGAGGAAAAAGAAAAAGCCAAAGCAGGAAGUCAAAAUUAUAUCUGAUCCAACUCAGUUCAACAGGCUUCAACAGAAAUCUCAAAGAGAAAAAAACAAGUUUCCUGUUUUCAGAUGAUAAUUAAUGAGCCAUCUUAAACAGCUUCACAACAGCCGAUUAAAACUCGGAAACAAAGAAAUUAGAGGAACAUUUUAUUCACUCUGAUACAUUGAGUUGGAUUUCUCAUGUGUUAAUCCUGCUGCUUUUGUUCAUGAUCAAGACAUGAGAUUAUUUUCCUGUCUUUAGAAAUAGUUGUUCAUCGUAGAGUGUGAUGAGAAACGGGUGAUGAGAUCAGAACUUGUGAUGGUGAUUAUUAAUCAGUUUCAAACCAGUGAUGAAGUGAAUGAGAAGUUGGCAUGUGCCUUAGCCCGCUGAGCUGCCAGGGCACCACAGAGAAAGAGAUUUUAACAUUUUUAAGUUACUUUUUAGAAUAUUUUUUCACAUUACAAAAUAACAAAGACUUUCCUUAAACAAAUUCAGAGGCUGAAAAAGAAAAAAAACCUUUCAGGUGCUUUCAGUGUGUCGCUCAAGAUGGAUAUAAGGUUCUAGGCAGGCCUGUGUUAUUCUGUACUGCUGUUGUUUCUCUAUGGACUGUACUGUGAUACUGCCUUAGGACCCUAACAUCACAACACCACAAUACUGCUCACUGAGGGAGAGGUGGAGGGGAGGGAAGGAAACAUGAGAUGUCUUAAAUGUAGGUACUAAAUGAUGACAAAUUUCUGUCCUACCGUUUGCUUGAAAUGAUUGCAAAUGCCAGAUUUUAUAACACCCAUGAGAGGCUAGGGAGAAAAAAAAAACAUAUUCUUAGUCUGAUAUACAUUGUUUUCUGUCCUGUGUUUGUGACUUGAGAACAGAUUUAAAGAAAAAUAAAAAAGAGAGGUCAGUCCUAAAGCAAUACUAUAUCAGUCUGACCUCAACACUUUUCUUUUAGCUCAUUUUGACGGCACGCUGACAUUCAUUAAACACAUUCCUAGAGCUCCUCAUGCAGCGUCCUGAAGGCUGAGAAACCAGACUGGCAUCACAGGACAGCUGCUUUUUGCUUUACAGCAGGACUGUCCAAUGAUGGACUUUUAGAUGUUUCCUGCUGACUGGUUUUCACUG